AUGGCAAAAGAAAAAAUAAAGAAAGAUUCAGAAGAAAUAAAAAAUAUUAUGCAAGAGGGUCAGGAUAAUUUCAUUGGGGAAAUUUAUGAAAUAGGAAACUUCUAAUUAUAAAUCUGGAUUAGAGGUCCACAUGAUUCUCCAUAUAAAUCUUACUCAUUUUUCCUAAAUUUUCAGUUUUCUAAUGAAUAUCCUUAAGUGCCUCCUUAAGUUACAUUCAUGAAUAAAAUAUUUCAUCCAAAUAUAAAUAUAUUAGGAUAUAUUUAUCUAGAAAUUUUAAAAGAUGAUUGGAGAAUUGAUUAUACAAUAUAUAAUAGUAAUAUUUAUUAUCAAUUUAGUUUUGAUGAGCAUUAAAUCUAUAUUAUCAAAACCAAAUUUAAAAUAUUCAUUUUUUCCAGAAGCAAGUGAACUUUAUAAAUAAAAUAAAAUUGAAUUUGAAAAAAAAGCAAAGGAUUGGGCUGAAAAAUUUGCUAUUUUUGAAAAUUGA